CUCCAGCACAAACCUCUGUAAUUUUUUUUCUCCAUUCAACAGCAGCUUUUUCCACUUUGCUUUCUUUGUUUACGCAUUAAUGGCGAGCAUCAUUCAAUCGCUUCUUGAAUGGCUUCGCAGCCUGUUCUUCAAGACUGAAAUGGAGCUGACACUAGUCGGUUUGCAAAACAGCGGAAAAACCACACUUGUCAACGUCAUUGCAUCGGGACAAUUCAUCGAGGAUUCAAUCCCCACUGUUGGCUUUAACAUGCGCAAGGUCACAAAAGGCUCUGUUACCCUUAAGCUAUGGGAUAUCGGUGGUCAACCACGUUUCCGUUCCAUGUGGGAGAGAUACUGUAGAGGAGUAAAUGCCAUUGUGUUUGUUGUGGAUGCGGCAGAUCAUGACAAGAUAGAUGCAGCACGGACAGAGUUGAAGAGCUUAUUGGAGAAACCCCAGCUUUCCAACAUUCCAGUCCUAGUUCUUGGUAACAAGAAUGAUUUGCCUACCGCUUUGAAUGUGGAUGAAUUGAUUGAUAUUCUAAACUUGAAGACGAUUACCAACCGAGAAGUGUCGUGUUACUCUAUUUCUGCCAAAAAUCAAGUCAAUAUCGACAUUACAUUGCAGUGGUUGAUUAAGAAGGGAAAAGGUCAAAAAUAAUGCCCCCCUAAUUGGUCGUACCCCAUUUUCCUUUCAAGUGCUGCUUGUUUAACGUCGUUGCUCUUUUUCGCUGCUUAAUACGAACAUCCCCACAGCCCGUUUUAUAAUUUUGGACCAAACACUUCAUUUAUUCUAAUGCUUAUCGAGUUGCCCACACUCAAUAC